CUUUCGCAGCGUGCGCCUCGUAAGCGAAUUUUCCGAGCACCUCGACCGUGCACUUCGCAGCCAGAACGUAGCGAGCGGGAACGUAGCGAAACGCCAGAUCCGCACAGGGACCGCACACUUGGAACGCAUUCGGUGAGAGAGACGAUGCCGAUGCUGCUGCUCCUGUUGGCCGGGCAGCUCCUGCUCCUGCCCCUCGUCGCCGGCGGCUCCUGCCGGGAGGCGCAGCUCUGCUGCACCGGCCGCGACUCGUCCUGCGUGGUCCAGAAGGCGCCCAUCAACGCCAUCAUCGAGGACCUCAGCGACAAGCCCUGCUACUGCGACCACGCCUGCCUCAAGCUGGGCGACUGCUGCGACGACUUCAAGGACCACUGCGGAGUUUUGGACUGCCAGGUGGGCGACUGGGGCGCCUGGAGCGAGUGUGACAAGAGCUGCGGCACUGGGAUGAUGACGCGGAACCGCCAGGUCCUGCAGGCGGCCCAAAACGGAGGCAAGCACUGCCCCACCUUGCAGCAGAAGCGCAGCUGCCAGGGAUACCGCUGCCACGGACACCACGACAAGAAGAUUCUGCACGAAAUGGCCCUGCUCCUGCCAGCUGCACUUUCGCACAGUCGCCACAGCAACGACAGCGGCGACAACAGGCACAAUCUGCGCGCGCGCUACCGCGACUCCUACAAGCACAACCAUGAUCAUGACUACUGCGUUGAAUUCGAGGUAUUAAAAGCCUCCAAGGCCUGCCGCAAACUGCCGCCAUACAAUCUCAUGCUGGAAGGCGAUCGCAUAACGGUGCGCUGUGACCUGGAGGCGCUGAUCCAGGACACCUUGCCCAGCACCACCACUGCCAGGACACCCCAAGGCCCCAACCCGCCGCCCAGCACCACCGCCUCCGCUUCCGGCCAGCGGGCGGAUGACCUCGAGGAGGAGCGACAGCAGCGGGAGAACAGCAGCGGCAGCGACGGCGACGACCAGGAAACGGAGGCGGAGGAGGAGGAGGAGGAGCAGGAGCAGGAGGAGCAGGAGCAGGAGCAGGACGACCUGCAGAAUGCCGUGGACACGGACAGCAACGAGAGCUCCGAUUACCGCCACCAGAGGUCACAGUCGCCGAUGUCGCACAGCCGCCGGACAGCGGGAAAGCGCAGCGCCGUGCCGGCCACGCCCCCGCCCACGCUGGCGCCCACCUACCACUGCCGGGGGGAGGGGCUGGCCGGGCGCACGACACGCUGGAGCGCGCUGCCGGCGCCGUCGUGCCGCGGCAAGUGGCUGCGCCUGACCGUCGGACCGCCCAAGAAGUGCGGCCACGCCCAGUUCAUCUUUGUCUAAGGCGCCCCGGGCCGCCCACGAUCUUUUUUUUUCGCCUCCCCCCCUCCCGUGUAGGUUAUGGUGUACGGUUACGGUGCCACCCACCCCCACCACCCAUCAUCAUAUCAUAUCAUAUCGCCCGCAAAGCCCUUCCCCCAUCCGAACACCCGAACCCCCCCAAACUCCGGCCCAAGAAAAAAGGUACCCCAUCGUAUGUAAGCGUUUAAAAAUUAAGCCAGUGGAUUAAGAAGAUCAUAGCAUAUGUGUGAGGUCAGUUUUUUUUUGUCUCUCUAGAGUAGCGAUCCGAAGGGUAAAGUCACAGGGCCAGUGCAGUAGUGAAGAUAGGGAUGGUAUCUUUGAAAUAAAGCUGCUUAGCUAGCAAAGUGCUGAACAUAAAUGCCGUAUUCUAAAUAAUGUUUAAAGAUCUUCGAAAUUUUCAUAAAUUAAACCAUAUAAUACAGAUCUAUUAAAUAAGACUCAAAACAGAGUCCAGGCCUUUAAUAAUAUUGCAAAUAAUUUCAGAUCAACAAUUUGCAACAUUUAUAAUGUGCAAUAUUCUAGAUAAUAUUCAAAGUAAUUUGAAAGCUUUCAAAAAUGAGAUCAAUAAAAAAUAUUCUAUAAUAUUUAAAAGAGUUUCUAAAGGAUCCCAUAAGCUGCCGUCUGCCAAUCUUUUGGCCUUUGCGGACUGUCUUCGGAGAGCUUUCCUCUAAGUAGUUUAGGACACCCUGUCGUGUAAGCAUCCAGGGCUCCGACCCGAAACAAGAACUCUAUCUGCGCUCGGGGCCGUUGGAGACGCUCAUCUCGGAUCGGAUAAUACUAGAAACUAGAGACUAAGCCAUCAAAUACCGCAAAACAUGGUCAGCGAACAUGGAGUCGGGCUGCUUAGUGAAGGAACCUAUAUAUAGGCAUAUAAAUAUAUUUACGUGGAUGUGCAUGAGUGUAUCUAUCUAAUCGUUAGUUCCCCGACUUGCAAACACACACGCCCGCUCUUGAGGUCCCCCAUUUCAGUUGCCCUGGCGGACAGGCUCCUGGAGUCGGAAUUAACGUUUGGAUCUUAGCAUUAAUCUGAACGUAAGGUACACACGAAUGUCGAAAGUAAUUAUUUAAAUUAUAAUUAAACCAAUAAUGAGAUCAUUCAAUAAAGAACGAGUAUAAUUUUAAUGUAAA